AUGGAUGCCCCCAAUGCCUUUGCUGCUGGACACAGGGCUCGUCGUUAUUGUAUUCCAACAAUUAUUCAAUCAAAUCGUGUUGAUUGUCGGCCUAGACCUUUAGGCGUGCUUAAACGCAGUGUCUCAACAAGCUUUGCAACUCCAGUAACUAAAGUAACACCUUUUGGUGGCCAAUACACGCCAAAUUGGAAUUAUUUUUAUUACAAUCCACGUCCGUCAUUUAAUGUAGAUAAAACUUAUUUUGGAGAUCCGAGAAAUGUUUAUUGGACAGGAAAGCAUUCAAAUCUUCCAGCAAUUAAUACUUUUGAUAGAAAGGAAACUACAAGUGCAAAUUGCAGAGAUUUUCAUAACCAAAAACAUUGGAAUUAUCCUUUUAGUUAUUGGGCAACUUAUUAUUAUUGGAAUUAGAAGAGAGAAGGAAAGGAAGGAUAUUAGCAUUUUAGAAUGGUAAGGUGGUUUUUCGAGAAGUGUGCUGGAUACAAUACUGUAGUCCUGUAGCAAUCUGUACUGAAAAAAUUUAUAAAAUAACAUUUCACUUCAUUUUUAAUAGGUUUAAAGUAAAUGUGUCAAUUUUCAAUUUAAUGUUAAUAAUUUUUGACAUUUAUA